CUCACCACACCUUAGCUGCAUGGUCUGUCUGCUGCUUCUGUACAUUAGACGAUUCAGAGAUGAGUCAAAAUAAAGAUCAGGACUAACAUUUGGAACUUAAUCAGGUCAAAGGGAUUUUCUGUGAAAGCUGCACGUCCCACCACACAGUCAUCAUGGAUAAGGCAACAAAAGAUAAUAUUUACGCAUAUGCGCUGUCAAAGACGCUGACAAAAGUUUUGUCGCCUGCAACUGUAGGCCUCUACUCUUCAUGUCAGAAUCGAAUUAACAUGAUCCUCGAACAAAUGGAAGCGUGCACGAAGCAGGAAUCAUUAAGGAUAGAGCGGGAAAGCAAAGGAAGAUACAGACCUCGCCCAGUCCCGCCUUCAUUUUCUGGCUUUCUCGCACUCAUUGGCCGAAUGCUCUUCUACAACCCCAUUUGGACAAAGGAGAACCAGCACCACCGUAACAUCAGGUUCAUUUAUGUACAGUUUAGUGCCUGGCAUUUUGCAGGCAGUGACCUGCUUUGGGCCGGCUUGGCCAUACGGCUGCUUCAAGCAAUGCAGAUAAACUUUGGGAAGUUACAGCUUGUCGUCUACCGUGUGGCUCAAUAUGACGAGGAAGACGAAGUCAAGAAGAAGAUAGUGGAGGAUGGUCCUAACCAUUGGCGGUCCAAAAAGAUCUGCUGCUGCCCUCUGUGGUUUUUUGUCCUGUCCAUUAUUGCGAUACCAGUUUUCAUCCUGAUAUUCUUUUUGACUGUUAUCGUUCCCCAACAAGAGAUCCAAACAAACGGGACAGUGACUUCUUCAAAAGGCCAAACAGAUGUGCUGCAUGGCCUGCUCAUUGCCGUGUUAGGAGUCCCUGCAGCAUCCGCACUGAGGUUUGUUUUUAUGAUGGCUAAGAACCUCAUCGUAAACCUGGAUCUGAACAUCACGAAGGGGAUGGACAAUGAGAAGGUAAGCUGCCAACUGGGCUUCAUGAACCAAGUGAGGAAAGAAAUGUGGUUUCUGUCUCGAUUUAUCCAGUUUAUGGAGGUGUUUGAGAGGAGGAGGAUCCGUGUGGUACUGAAGAUCACCAAUCUGGACCGCUGCCCCCCCAAGAAAAUGGUUGCAGUUCUGGAUGCAGUCAACAUUCUGCUUUCAGAAGAGGAAAGUCCGUAUAUUUCCAUUCUGGCCGUCAACCCAGAUAUUGUUGUGCAGAAAGUGAACUUUGCAGAUGGCUGCUUCAGCAAACAAGACAGAGCUUAUGCACUGUUGAACCAAAUCGUGACUCUGGCCUUCACAGUCCCACCACUGUGCGAUGAUUCAAAACAGAGUUUAUUUCAAAGCCUCACUAGCAGUUCAAAAACCCCUCGGAACAUAAGCAUGAAUGUACUUAAACAUAGAACUGGGAGCCUUGUAAAGACAUCUUCCUCAGAUUUAUUUGGAGUGGAGAUUGCACAUGGAACUAAAGAGGCAUAUCCACUGAUGGAUAAGCCUAAAACUGCACUAGCAGUGGAUGUAAACGAGGAGGAGGUAGAGAAUCUGGUUAGGAGCAUCCUGACCAGCAACAAUACAAAGCUGAGCAAGUAUAUGGUAGAGGAUGCCAUGUCUAUGAGGAGGGCGAUCAACUCCAUUCGAGUAACUGUGAUAAUCUUGAAGGCCUUGAAGCAAGAGCUUCCUGAACCAGAAUACAUUGCAGCAUGGGUGAUCCUGGCCAAUCAGUGGCCUUGCCGCCUCAGCUGGAUCAUCCAGUGCGUGGAAGACACUCAGCAGAGAGCAGGUACUGAUGGUAUCAAUGAAGCCAAUGCUGAUGAUUCAAAGACCUUGUGGAAAGUCUUCAGUGAGUCCAGGGCAGAGCUGUAUGUGAUGAGCGGACAUAUCGAGGACCUCCUCGAGCAGGAUGGAGAUCCUGAGAUGUUUGAAAGACUUCUCAUGGUAGAUUUCCAAUUCACUGUAAAAGACUUGAAGACAUAUGAAGUGGCCAUGGUGAACCUGGACUAUUCAAUGAGGAAGGAGCUGGCUUACAUCAGAGGGACAGCCAGGCUGAAAGAUUCUGGUUGGAUGAGGGACCUAGCUCCUCUGCCAAUCACAACCAUCAUCAAAAUGAACACAGAGGAUGUGUGCAAAGAGUUGGGGAGAAUGGAAUUCCCCAGUAAGUAUAGUGAUAUUGUGAGAAGCAAUGACCUCCACGGUUCAGCACUGGUCUUCGGUGAUGCAGAUGACCUUAAAGCCCUCCUAGAUAUGACCUUUGGUGAAUGGGCAACUUUCAGACUUCACUUCCUGGGUUUACCAACACGUCUCCGACCACAAUACAGGAACAUGUCACCGACCCCCUCUCAGCCUCAGCUGUCAGCAACUCCCCUCCAUGUUCGACAUCACUACAUGAGUAACCCCAAUCUAGUUAACAGCCACAUGUAAGAAUCCAAUCCACUUCCAGUAAGUGCGUUAUCCCUAAAAAUAUGAUCUAACAUUUGUUAACAAUCUUUGUAGUAACAAUACACAGCUUGUGCAGAGUGUGAAGGAGCUUGUUAUAAACUCUUGUUGCUGCUUAGAAAAUAUUUAAUCUCCUGCAACCAUGUCAAAUAACUAUCACGUACAUAGCUUAACUUAAAGGAGCUAUAUGUAAGAAAUCUAAAGCAAAUUGUCGUAAAAUCAUCCUAAUAUGUCACAGAGA